CCAAGAUGGCUGCGUCCAUCGCGCGGCGGUUAGGGUGCCUGCUGUCUCCUGGCGGACUCCGGCUCCGGGCAGGCUGCACGGGCAGCCAGAGCCCUCGGAGAACUUUCGCUUCCGAGAGACGGGACCGGAACCUCCUGUAUGAACACGCACGCGAGGGCUAUAGCGCAUUCCCACAGCUGGACAUGGAAUCGGUGUGCGCAUGCCCAGAAGAGGUGGCGCGCGCCCUGGAACUCCGCAAGGGGGCGCUGCGGCCGGCGGACCUGCCGGGGAUCAUUGCCUCAUGGCAGGAGUUGAGGCAGUUGCGGGAGCAGAUCCGGGGCCUGGAGGAAGAGAAGGGGGCCGUGGCGGAGGCAGUACGGGCGCUGCUGGUAAACCGGGACAGCCAGCAAGUGCAGCAGGAGCCCCAGUAUCAGGCCCUGCGGGCGCGCGGCCGGGAGAUCCGGAAGCAGCUGGUUCUGCUGUACCCCAGGGAGACCCAACUUGAGGAGCAGUUCUACCUGCACGCGCUGCGGCUGCCUAACCAGACCCACCCAGACACACCCAUUGGGGACGAGAGCCAGGCGCGCGUGCUCCACGUGGUCGGUGACAAGCCAGCCUUCUCCUUCCCUCCACGGGGCCACCUGGAGCUGGGCGAGAAGCUCGGCAUCAUCCGUCAAAAGCGCCUGUCGCACGUGUCUGGCCACCGGUCCUACUACCUGCGCGGGGCUGGGGCUCUCCUGCAGCACGGCCUGGUCAGCCUCACACUCAGCAAGCUUGUCCGCCGGGGCUUCAUCCCCAUGGCUGUGCCGGACCUCCUGCGAGGAGCUGUGUUUGAAGGCUGUGGGAUGACACCAAACGCCAGCCCCUCCCAAAUCUAUAACAUCGACCCCUCCCGCUUUGAAGACCUCAACCUGGCUGGGACAGCGGAGGUGGGCCUCGCAGGCUACUUCAUGGACCAUGCGGUGGCCUUCAGGGACCUGCCUGUCAGGAUGGUUUGUUCCAGCACGUGCUACCGGCCCGAGACGGACACGGGGAAGGAGCCCUGGGGCCUGUACCGGGUGCAUCACUUCACCAAGGUGGAGAUGUUUGGGGUGACCGGCCCCAGCCUGGAGCAGAGCUCACAGCUGCUGGAGGAGUUCCUGUCUCUUCAGAUGGAGAUCUUGACAGAGCUGGGCCUGCACUUCCGGGUCCUGGACAUGCCCACCCAGGAGCUGGGUCUCCCCGCCUACCGCAAGUUUGACAUCGAGGCCUGGAUGCCAGGCCGGGGCCGCUACGGGGAGGUGACCAGCGCCUCCAACUGCACCGACUUCCAGAGCCGCCGCCUGCACAUCAUGCUGCAGCCUGAGGCUGGGGAGCUGCAGUUCGCGCACACGGUGAAUGCCACGGCCUGCGCUGUCCCUCGCCUGCUCAUCGCCCUCCUGGAAAGCAACCAACAGAAGGACGGCUCGGUCCGCGUGCCCCCUGCCCUGCAGCCCUACCUCGGCGUUGACUGCAUCACGGCACCCACCCACGCACCGCUCCAGUACAUCGGCCCCAACCAGCCGCAGAAGCCGCGGCUCCCCAGCCAGCCUGCACGGAGCUGAGGCCCCUUCUGGCCAGGAGAGCUGGACACUGACGCCAGGGGCUGCUGUCCUGAGCCUGCUUCAAUACCGCCAGGGCUCGUGAGGGGGCAGGACUCCAGGGCCUGCCCCUCCUACUUCCCUGCCUUCCCCAGGCACAGUCACUGACCACUGACCGCUGUCCCUGGUGUGCAGCCUCGAACAGGAGAAGCGGAGGGCCGGGUCUCCACCGCAGCACUGAGCAGAACGUCCCCCAACAAAUGGGCAACUCGGGGGCCUUAAUGGGGUCGGCACCAUGGCACUGCAAGCCAGGCCACCGCCUGUGAAGCCAGCAUCCCGUACAGGCACCUGUUGGAGUCCCGGCUGCUUCACUUCUAGUCCAGCUCCGUGCUUAUCCCUGGGAAGGCAGCGGAGGAAGGCCUGAACGCUUGAUUCCUGCCAACCUUGCUGGAGACGCAGAUGGCGCUCCUGGCGUCUGGAUCCAGUCUGGCCUGGCCGGUACGGCCAUCUUGGAUGGAAGAUCUCUGCCUUUCUGUGGCUCUUUCAAAUCAAUAAAUUUUGAAUAAAAUAAUGCCCGGCUGCCCAGGAGGUGCUGGGUCACUGCAAGAACCAGAAGGUUCCACACCCAGAGCAUGUGAGGUGGCCUGCGGCCACCAGAGGAACUAAAAGAGCCCCGCUGAGCACGGCCAGGGCACAGUGCUGUUCUUGCAUCCAUUUCCUGACCCAGCCCCACCCGCAGCCCCAGCACCAUGCCCAGCCGCCCCUUCCCCAGCUCCAGGCGGGCCCCAGUAGCAUCACAAGCUCCUGAGAGUCCAGGGGACCUCCAGUCGCACUUCCUCGGCGAUCCUGUUUUCACACCUUGCCCAGGUGCUCAGGCCUCAGCUCUGGGCACAUCCAGUUAAGCAGUAUACCUGGCAGCUUGACCAUCAGAAUGUUCUAGAAUCUGCCCCCUUGCUCUCCUUCCUG